AUGGCGUACAUUUUGAUCGAGUACUCAAUGAUGAUUCAAAAGGUUUCUGGAAAUGGCAAUUUUACUACAAAAAGGAAUUCUGUUCGACAGAACUAUAAUGAGAUUACUCAAACGGCUCUCGCUUCUCUCAAAGAAGUGACGGAAAAAACUGAUCGCCUUCUAUGGCGUUGCGAUCCCUCGCCACAUAUACACAAGGUUACCUACGACGAGGUUACGCGCCUGCUACAAGGAUACAUUGAGAACGAAGUGGAUCUAAACACCGAUGGGUCGUGUAGUCGGACAUGCGCUGAUUAUCAUAACACAACCAGCAAAAGUUGCUCCGAUGAAAAGUUUUGCGCUCAACAGCCCAAAUGUUCGGGUCGCAUUCACGACUGCCAAUUUAUAGACUCUAUUCAGUCUGUAUGCCAAUCACCAGAAAACAGCACUCGUCGCUAUGAAUAUGUUAAAUACGGUGAAAGAAAGUAUUUGGGAAAGAACGAAAAGUGUUGGCGGGACGUCAAUAAAGUACAGAGCUGGAAAAAAUGGUAUUUCACCGAGUGCACAUAUUGCUUCUGUCUCUGUGAUGAACAAAGACCAAAGUCGGAUCGCUACUUCAAUCUUCGAGAAACAUUAUCGGAUGUCAAUGCAAACAAAGUGGUGACAGGAGUGAGUGGUGUAUUCACUUCAUCACCGGAAUGGACAGAUUAUUUGGAGUUUACCAACAUUGGAAUGUUGAUGGAUGUUGCCCAAUCGACAAUUCCCUAUAUUGAUAUACAGGAUGUCGCGUCCAUUCCACCAGUGGCUUUAGCUGGAAUCGGCAUCUACUACAAACAUAGAGGGUUGAACGGUGGUUUUGUGGCACCCCAGAUCAUCAGCUACGACCUUUCUCCUCACCUCUCGUUGAUUCCAAACUGA